AUGGCGCUCAAUAAAAUUGCUUUCCAAAAAUUAUUUCGAUUUUCAACGGCAGCUCUCACGAUAAUUUCCCAUUUUACACUUUCUUCAUGCGAUUCCAUUUUAACCGAGUUCUUUUUUUAUUUGGAAUUUUAAAACGUGCGACAUUGUUUGCAGACUUGAUUCGUUGACGUUUCAAUUUGACAAUAUGAAAAUGUCAUAAUCGCUGCGGUCGACAUUCAUUUCUGGAUGCUGUGUUUUUGCUUUCAAUUUGUUAAAUUGAAUUAUUUCUAUACGAAAAAUUGGUGAAAAGAAAACAUGGAAUCAAAUGGAACGACUACAGAGCCUCCAGCUAAGAAAUUAAGAGGAACGAAUGAUAUUGAGAAUGCCGAUGUUGAAAAAGAGCCGAGAAGCAGUACUGGAGUUCGUGUGAUGAAAGAGAAUCCAAAAUCAAGACAAUGCCCGUACUUAGAUACAAUAAAUCGAAAUCUGUUGGAUUUUGAUUUUGAGAAAUUAUGUUCCGUGUCGUUGACUCGAAUCAAUGUAUACGCAUGCCUUGUGUGCGGCAAAUACUUUCAGGGUCGCGGUACAAAUACUCAUGCAUACACACAUUCAGUGGCCGAUUCGCAUCAUGUUUUUUUGAAUUUGCACAAUUUGAAAUUCUAUUGUUUGCCGGACAAUUAUGAAAUUAUUGAUUCAUCACUGAACGAUAUCAAGUAUUUGCUAAAUCCAACAUUCAAAAAUGAAACCAUUAAACAAAUCGAUAGUCCCGAUUGUAAGCCAUCACGUACAAUCGAUGGUACACUUUACAAUCCUGGCAUUGUUGGACUCAACAAUAUUAAAUACAACGAUUACUGCAAUGUAAUUCUACAAUCACUCACACAUGUGACGCCAUUGCGUAAUUAUUUUUUACGAGAAGAAAACUACAAACAUAUCAAGCGUCCGCCCGGCGAUUCAAUUUUCAAUUUGGUACAACGUUUCGGUGAAUUAAUGCGAAAAAUGUGGAAUCCACGUAAUUUUAAAGCACACGUAUCACCACAUGAAAUGCUUCAAGCAGUCGUCCUCUGGAGUAACAAACAAUUUCAAAUCACACAACAAGGUGAUCCCAUUGAUUUCUUAUCGUGGUUCUUGCACACAACACAUCGUGCUUUACGUGGCAAUAAAAAUUCCGAUUCGUCCAUUAUCAAUCGAUCGUUUUUGGGCCAAAUGAAUGUAUACACGAGAAAAAUUCCAUCGACCGAUUUGGAUGACACACAAAAAUCACUGACACACAUAGCAACGGAAGAAUAUCAAGAAAAAGUCGAAGCUACAAAUUUCCUGUAUUUAACUUGUGAUCUACCGGCACCGCCGCUUUUCAUCGAUGAAUUCAGAGAAAACAUUAUUCCACAAGUAAGCUUGUAUCAAUUGCUAGCAAAAUUCAAUGGCAUUUCGGAAAAGGAAUAUAAAACCUACAAAGACAGUUUUAUGAAGCGAUUUGAAAUUACCAAGCUACCACAAUUUGUAAUAUUGUACAUAAAGCGGUUCACAAAAAAUACAUUUUUCCUAGAGAAAAAUCCAACGAUUGUCAAUUUUCCGAUCAAAAAUGUAGAUUUCGGUGAUAUAUUAACAGAAGAGAAUCGUGCAAACCAUAAGCAUACACAAUAUAAUCUAAUUGCAAAUGUUGUGCAUGAUGGUGAACCAAACAAAGGUACAUAUCGUGUGCACAUUUUACAAAAAUCGACUGGUCAAUGGUAUGAAAUGCAAGAUUUGCACGUAACAAAUAUCUUACCGCAAAUGAUUACACUCACCGAAGCUUACAUUCAAAUCUAUGAGCUGCAGACUGACGCUGAGAAAAUGGAGCAUUAACAUUUUGGAAUAUUCAAAAUAUUUGUGACAGUUUCAUAAGUUUUCAUCAUAUAAAUAAAUAAAAUUUUAAACAGUUUUCUGGUUUCAAAGAGAAAA